AUGUCCGUACGCCGCGUGGGCCUCGACUCCUCCCGUACGCCGCGUGUGGCCUCGACUCCUCCCGUACGCCGCGUGGGCCUCGACCUCCUCGACUCCUCCCGUACGCCGCGUGGGCCUCGACUCCUCCCGUACGCCGCGUGGGCCUCGACUCUCCCUACGCCGCGUGGGCCUCGACUCCUCCCGUACCGCGCGGGCCUCGACUCCUCCCGUACGCCGCGCGGGCCUCGACCUCCUCCCGUACGCCGCGUGGGCCUCGACCUCCUCCCGUACGCCGCGGGCCUCGCCUCCCGUACGCCGCGGGCCUCGACUCCUCCCGUACGCAGUGGGCCUCGUCUCCUCCCGUACGCUGCUGGCCUCACCUCCUCCCGUACGCCGCGUGGACCUCGCCUCCUUCCGUACGCCGCAUGGGUUUCCUGCCUUCUCCCGUACGCCGCGUGGGCCUCGACUCCUCCCGUACGCAGUGUGGGCCUCGUCUCCUCCCACAGUAACUUCAUCCUGGCGAACGCGCAGGUGUCUCAGGGCUUCCCCAUCGUCUACUGCUCCGAUGGCUUCUGCGAGCUCACCGGUUUCUCUCGGGGCGAGGUCAUGCAGAAGAGCUGCGCCUGCAAGUUCCUCUACGGCCCCGAGUCCAGCGAGGGAAUCAUCCUCAGCAUCGACCAGGCCCUGGAGGAACGCAAGGAGUUCAAGGACGAGAUCGUGUUCUACAAGAAGACAGCGGAGCAGUUCUGGUGCCUUCUGGACAUUGUGCCGAUUAAAAACGAGAAAGGCGACGUGGUUUUGUUCCUCGCCUCCUUCAAGGACGUCACCGACACCAAAGCCAAAGCCAUUCACGAGGACAAGAAGGAAGAGAGGAGGAGGGAGCAGGUGAAGAGUUCUUCUCCGUUCAGUUCGUCUCGUCUCCGCAGCAGCACCGUCCUGUACCACAUCUCUGGACACCUGCAGGGCCGCGAGAAGAGCAAGAUCAAACUCAACAAGAACGUGUUCGGAGACCCGCCCGCGCUUCCCGAGUACAAGAUCUCGGAGGCGAAGAAAUGCUUCAUCCUCCUGCACUACAGCACGAUGAAGGCCGGCUGGGACUGGCUCAUCCUCCUCGCCACCUUCUACGUGGCCGUCACCGUCCCGUACAACGUCUGCUUCAUCGGAGACGACGAGGAGCUGACCCGGAGCACCACCGUCAGCGACAUCUUCGUGGAGAUCCUCUUCAUCAUCGACAUCGUGUGUAAUUUCCGCACCAGUUACGUGAGUAAGUCGGGUCAGGUGAUCUUCGACGCGCGUCAGAUCUGUUUCCAUUACCUCACCACGUGGUUCAUCAUCGACCUGGUGGCGGCGCUGCCCUUCGACCUCCUCUACGCCUUCAAAGUCAGCGUGGUGUCCGUGGUGCACCUCCUGAAGACCGUGCGCCUGCUGCGUCUCCUGCGCCUCCUGCAGAAGAUGGACCGUUACUCGCAGCACAGCACGGUGGUCCUGACGCUGCUCAUGUCCAUGUUCGCGCUGCUCGCUCACUGGAUGGCCUGCAUCUGGUACAUCAUCGGCAAAAUGGAGAUGGAGGCCAACGCGUACAACUGGGACAUCGGCUGGCUGCACGAGUUGGGGAAGCGUCUGGAGUCUCCGUACUUGUCCCUGGGUUCGGUGAACAGCAGCAGCAGCUCUGGUCCGUCCAUCCGCAGCGUUUACAUCGCCUCCCUGUACUUCACCCUGAGCAGCCUGACCAGUGUGGGCUUCGGCAACGUGUCCGCAAACACUGACGCCGAAAAGAUCUUCUCUGUCUGCGUCAUGCUAAUAGGAGACGGAGUAUUUCAAGGUUUUAUAUUACGCAGAAAUGACUCACGUGCUUUUAAAAAUCGUCCUCGUCCGUCCUCGCGCUCGUCCUCGCGCUCGUCCUCAGCUCGUCCUCGCUCGUCCUCCAGCUCGUCCUCGCGCUCGUCCUCGCGCUCGUCCUCGCGCUCGUCCUCGCGCUCGUCCUCGCGCUCGUCCUCGCGCUCGUCCUCGCGUAAGGGGGACCUGAUCGGCGCUAACCUGUCCCUGGACGACCGCGUGAUCAAGACCAACGCGGACGUGAAGGCCCUGACCUACUGCGACCUCCAGUGCAUCAACCUGAAGGGACUCUACGAAGUCCUGGACCUGUACCCCGAGUACUCCCACAGCUUCGUCCAGGACAUCCAGCAAGACCUCACCUACAACCUGAGGGAGGGACAGGAGACACAGGUCAAACCCCGACUGUCCACCACGGCGCUGGACUCUCAGUGUGUGGACAAGAGGAACGGGCGGGUGGUGCAGGGUUACCCGCCCCUGACGGAGGCGCAGGUGGAGCGGGCGGAGGACGAGGGCGAGGGGGACGGCACCGGACCCGCCCAGAACAGGAAGUCCCACCGACGGACCCAGGACACGUCCCUGAGCACGCUGGACCCGGCCAACCUCAGCCCCAGGAUCGUGGACGGGACGGAGGACAGCGCGGGGACAGAGGCCUUCUCCUUCUCCUCGGCCCGCAGCCCCAGCACCACAGCGCCCUCUUCAGGUAACGCCCAGAACUCUCUGCAGGUGAGCACCGAGGAGCUGGCAGCCAAAGCGGAAGAGACGAGAGGACAACUCCGGAGCCUGGGACAGCAGGUGAACUCUCUGGGGAAGGAGGUGUCAGAUCUGGGUCAGCUGAUGGCGAGGAUGGCGCAGCUCAUGGACUCCUUCAUGUCCCGGAGCCACGCCCCCUCGAUCUGCCCCGCCCACUGCUCGCCGCGCCACGCCUACAUGCCCCACCCCUCCCCGCCCGGCCACCCCCCCCAACCCCCCCGUCCGGCCCGCCGCUCUGGACGGACACGCCCACCUCGCUGCCCUGCUCGCCGCACCUGCACCGGCCGCACGAGCUGCACCUGGCCUUCGGCGGCGUCACCCGCUCCGCGCCGUCCCCCGCGCCGCACAUACACCCCCACGCUGCCGACCCCGCCACCGCCCACCUCCACGACUUCGCCCACGUGCACCUCCAGCCCCGCCACCCCCCCUCGUCGCCGCCACCACCACCAACCCCGCCCCCCUCGCCGCUCACAGCCUGAUGCCUUGCCCGUCCCUGUACGCGGACGACGCCCUCUGGGAGCACAACCGGAGCGCCACCUUGUAGCACACGACUCCUCUGGCACCGCCCACGGGAAUAUGCAGGACUCUAACGCACGAUUCCAAGCCAAGAUGCAUGAAGUUCCAGACGGCUUAGGAGGCCUGGUCCGCUUGCAUCCCUUUAACCCCGCGCCGCCGGACGCCAUAGAAGACGACGACAAAGAAGAAGAAGAAGAGAACAAUGAGCUCGUGGCCAUAGAAGAAGAAGUAGAAGAAGACGAAGAAGAAGAAGAAUCCCGGAACUGGUCCGUCAGCAGCUGCCCGCGUCACGCCGAGGACAGGCUGUGUGCUUUGCCCGAGGGCACGCUGGAAGAGGGCGUCAAACUGCCAACCUUUAGUUUUACUCCUGAGCGACUGCUGCGCACACAGACUGCCCAAGUGUCCCUGGAGACUGACGCCGUUACAUCACAUUCCACUAAAAUAAAAUAA